AUGAAGCGGGCGAGAACACGCCAAGUAGAGAAAAACAACGCCUUUUCCGCGAACGAGGGGGCGUGUGCCGCGCUGUGGGCUAUCGAUCGCCGGCGACGUCAUCCGGGGUACCACUCCCACGAGGCGCUGACCGAGAAGUUGACCGAGAUCAACGAGAAAUGCCCAGAUAUCAGCACUGUCUACUCCAUCGGCCAAUCUGUCGAAGGCCGCGAGCUUUUGGUCAUCCACUUUUCUUCUACCCCCGGAUCGCACGAAAUUUUGAAACCCGAGAUGAAAUACGUCGGCAAUAUGCACGGAAAUGAGCCCGUCGGACGGGAAUUGAUCAUCCGAUUGGCCGACGAGCUGUGCAACGGCUUCAAGAACAAGGACAAGGAGAUCAUCUCCCUCCUCAACUCCACCUCCAUCCACCUCCUGCCCUCGAUGAAUCCCGACGGUUUCGAGCUGGCCCUGGAGACGCCCGCCGCCGAGCGCCAGUGGCUGACCGGCCGCGCCAACGCCAACGGGCUGGACUUGAACAGAGACUUCCCCGACCUUGAUGGCGUCUUCUACGCCCUCGAGGAGCGCAAGGUGCCCAAGUUCGACCACCUGAUGGAGCUGUUCGACGAGAGCAAGGAGCGCCAGCCCGAAACCGUGGCCGUCGGCCGAUGGAUCCUGUCGUUGCCGUGGGUCCUCUCUGCCAAUCUGCACGAGGGAGACCUUGUCGCCAACUACCCCUUCGACGCGACCCCGAAUGAGGCCCCGUCCAAGUACAGCGCUUCCCCCGAUGACGGAACUUUCCGUUGGUUGGCCCAGACCUACGCCCAGGCCCACGCACACAUGGCCAAGAACGACCACCCGCCGUGCGAUGGAACGACCCGGGAUGCUUUUGCCCAAAAUGGUGGUAUCACCAACGGAGCCAAGUGGUACUCGGUUGCCGGAGGCAUGCAGGACUUCAACUACCUCGCCACCAACGCCAUGGAGAUCACCCUCGAGCUGUCUUGCGAGAAGAUGCCCGCCGGCGCCACCCUACCUCAACUCUGGGAGGACAACAAGAAGGCCAUGUUCGAGUAUAUGUGGAAGAUCCACUCCGGAGUGAAGGGCGAGAUCACCGAUGCCACCACCGGUGAACCCGUUGCUGACGCCGCUAUCUGGGUGAUGAACGGAACCGCCACGCUCCCGAUCAAGCACGCCGUCAAGACCAGCGAGACCGGCGAGUACUACCGGCUGCUCCCCGUCGGAACCUACGAGCUGCUCGUUGAGGCUGACGGCUACGAGAUGGCCCGAAAGAACGUGACCGUUACCAACAAGGUCCGCGACCAGGCCAUGCUCGUCAACUUUGCCCUGGUGCCGGAAGAGGCCAGUGAGCCAGUGAUGGAUGAGCUUCAGCUUGAUCAGGAGCUUGAGGAGCUGCCGCUGAACCUCCCGGAGAACAUGUCGCCCUUCCUUCUC